CACGAAUAUGGAGUCAUUGACUUAACUCAAAAAACUUAGUUCGGACAAUUUCUGAUUUUUGCUCAAAUCUAAACAGUUCUGUGGUAUCAAAAUUCUGUGGUGUAGAAGAGUCGUCAGAAAUGGUCACCGAAAAUGGCCAGUCUGAUGGAAAUACGUCUUUUCUACGCGCUGCGCGCAAUGGUCAGCUUGUAAAAGUCUUAGAACACUUAGAAUCAAAUAUCGAUAUCAACACCAGCAACGCUAAUGGCCUGAACGCCCUUCAUUUAGCCUCUAAAGAUGGUCAUGUAGAAAUAGUCAAAGAGCUCCUAAAAAGGGGCGCCGUCAUUGAUGCAGCUACKAAAAAAGGCAACACAGCCCUCCACAUAGCUUCUCUAGCCGGCCAAGAGGAAGUUGUCAAGCUUCUAGUCAGCCAUGGCGCUUCCGUCAACGUACAAAGCCAAAACGGCUUUACACCAUUAUACAUGGCGGCCCAAGAAAAUCACGACAAUGUCGUCAAGUACCUUUUGGCUAAUGGAGCAAACCAGAGUCUCUCCACAGAGGAUGGUUUCACUCCAUUGGCCGUCGCCAUGCAGCAAGGGCACGAUAAAGUCGUCACAGUGCUACUGGAGAACGACACCAGGGGCAAAGUGCGAUUACCGGCCCUUCACAUCGCGGCAAAGAAAGACGACGUCAAAGCCGCUAAACUUCUCCUAGAGAAUGAACACAAUCCCGAUGUCACCUCUAAAUCGGGCUUCACUCCUUUGCACAUUGCCUCUCACUACGGCAACCAAGCCAUCGCCAAUCUUCUACUGCAAAAGGGAGCAGAUGUCAACUACGCCGCCAAACACAACAUCACACCUCUUCAUGUUGCUGCCAAGUGGGGCAAAACCAACAUGGUGACCGUCCUUUUGGAACAUGGAGCAAACAUUGAAUCAAAAACAAGAGAUGGACUCACUCCUUUGCAUUGUGCGGCGAGAAGUGGCCACGAACAAGUGGUGGAUAUGCUUCUAGAGAAGGGAGCUCCUAUCAGUUCUAAAACUAAAAAUGGGUUAGCACCUCUUCAUAUGGCCGCUCAAGGGGAUCAUGUAGAUGCAGCGAGGAUACUACUCUAUCACAGAGCACCUGUAGACGAAGUUACUGUCGACUACUUGACGGCUCUUCACGUGGCUGCACAUUGUGGACAUGUGAGAGUCGCCAAGUUGCUAUUGGAUAGACAAGCUGAUGCUAACGCUAGAGCUCUCAAUGGAUUCACGCCACUACACAUUGCCUGCAAGAAGAAUAGAAUCAAAGUUGUUGAGUUGUUACUCAAACAUGGUGCAAGUAUUGGUGCCACCACGGAAAGCGGGUUAACACCUCUUCAUGUUGCCAGUUUUAUGGGAUGCAUGAACAUUGUUAUCUACUUGCUCCAGCAUGAUGCUAGUCCAGACGUACCAACAGUACGAGGAGAAACUCCUCUACAUUUAGCCGCCCGUGCAAAUCAAACCGACAUUAUUAGGAUCCUCCUCCGAAACGGCGCGCAAGUGGACGCCCGUGCCCGUGAACAACAAACCCCUCUUCACAUAGCCUCCCGUCUUGGAAACGUUGACAUCGUCAUGCUCCUGCUCCAACACGGAGCCAAAGUCGACAACACCACCAAAGACAUGUACACAGCCCUCCACAUCGCGGCUAAAGAAGGUCAAGACGAAGUGGCUGCCUCCUUGAUAGACCACGGAGCCUCCCUCAACGCCACUACCAAAAAGGGCUUCACGCCUUUGCAUCUAGCUGCUAAAUAUGGGCAUUUGAAAGUAGCGAAGCUCCUACUUCAGAAAGAAGCCCCAGUUGAUGCCCAAGGCAAAAACGGGGUGACUCCUCUCCAUGUCGCGUCGCAUUACGACCACCAAAAUGUCGCGUUGUUGUUACUAGAAAAAGGGGCGUCGCCUUAUGCGACUGCUAAAAAUGGACACACUCCUUUGCAUAUAGCAGCGAAAAAGAACCAAAUGGAUAUAGCAAAUACGUUACUGGAGUAUGGGGCUAAACCCAACGCGGAAAGUAAGGCAGGGUUCACGCCAUUGCAUUUGAGUGCUCAGGAAGGUCAUUGCGAUAUGACAGAUCUACUUAUUGAACAUAAGGCAGAUACGAAUCAUAGAGCGAGGAAUGGGUUAACUCCUCUACAUCUUUGUGCUCAGGAAGAUAAAGUUCCGGUGGCGGAAAUUCUAGUAAAGAAUGGAGGAGAAGUUGAUGCUGCUACGAAAAAUGGUUACACGCCUUUGCACAUUGCGUGUCACUAUGGACAAAUUAAUAUGGUUCGAUUUUUGCUCUCACAUGGUGCCAAUGUCAAGGCUAACACCGCUUUGGGUUACACACCUUUGCAUCAAGCCGCCCAGCAAGGUCAUACCAAUAUUGUCAACACUUUGUUGGAAAAUUCGGCGCAACCUAACGCUAUGACAAACAAUGGACAAACGCCCUUGCAUAUUGCCGAAAAAUUGGGCUACAUUACCGUGAURGACACUUUGAAAGUAGUGACUCAACCCUCGUCACCUYUGAGUGCUUCAACCAUUUCCAACGAAGAAAAGUACCGUGUGGUCGCGCCGGAAGCGAUGCAUGAGACUUUUAUGUCAGAUUCGGAGGAAGAAGGUGGAGAGGAUACCGUUUUGGGUGACCAAACUUAUAGAUAUUUGACGGCYGAUGAAAUGAAGAGUCUUGGAGAUGAUUCGCUACCAAUUGAUGUCACGAGAGAUGAGAGAAUAGACUCGAAUAAAAUGGCAACAAAUGCCGAAAAUAUGUUGCCACCACGUCACAUCGAAGACAAUAUUAGUCCUGAACAUGUACAACAGAAUUAUGUGGAGUAUAUCAAAAAAUAUACCCCUGACAACAUCGAUAUCGACAAACAUCCCAUCAAUAUCGGAAAGCUUCACUGGAAGAAAUCAGUCGUAAAAAACCUCAAAACACUACUCUCCGAUAAGUUUUAUUUGAACCGGAAGUUAGUUGCCACGCGACUGGUCUUUUCUGAAACCGUUCGUAUGAAUGCUUUGCUUUUUGCCGCUUCAAACCACUGCAUUUGCUUCCACUUUACCAAAAAAAUGGUCAUAAACCAUCAAGUGCCUGAAUGUGACACGCUUUUUGCUAUUUUUACUUGGGAGGAGCGUCGGGCGUUGCAUGCUUCUAGUGAAUGUCAAGAAGGGGCGAACGAGCAAAGCCGCCACUUUAUUGGCGGGACCACGAGGGCGCAAUGGGAGGACGUGACCGGGUCCACGCCCCUGACUUUCGUCAACGAUUGCGUCUCGUUUACCACAACAGUGUCGGCGCGGUUUUGGCUAAUGGACUGCCGAAAUGUGGGAGAUGCGACUAAAAUGGCAACCGAACUCUACAGGGAAGCCAUUCAUGUGCCCUUCAUGGCAAAGUUUGUCGUGUUUGCAAAACGCGUGGACCCUCUAGAGGCGCGAUUGCGCGUCUUUUGCAUGACUGACGACAAAGAGGACAAGACUCUUGAGCACCAAGAGCACUUCACCGAAGUGGCGAAGAGUCGCGACGUGGAGGUGCUCGAGGGUAAGCCACAGUACAUCGAGUUCGCCGGUAACUUGGUGCCCAUCACCAAGAGUGGCGAGCAACUCCAUGGUACUACUUUGCUCACCAGAGAGGAUACCGUUUUGGGUGACCAAACUUAUAGAUAUUUGACGGCYGAUGAAAUGAAGAGUCUUGGAGAUGAUUCGCUACCAAUUGAUGUCACGAGAGAUGAGAGAAUAGACUCGAAUAAAAUGGCAACAAAUGCCGAAAAUAUGUUGCCACCACGUCACAUCGAAGACAAUAUUAGUCCUGAACAUGUACAACAGAAUUAUGUGGAGUAUAUCAAAAAAUAUACCCCUGACAACAUCGAUAUCGACAAACAUCCCAUCAAUAUCGGAAAGCUUCACUGGAAGAACUUUUUGGUGUCAUUCUUGGUCGACGCRCGCGGCGGGGCGAUGCGUGGAUGUCGCCAUUCGGGCGUCCGUGUCAUAGUACCUCCUCGAUGUGCCUCAAGCCCCACUAGAAUAACCUGCAGAUAUGUACGUCCUCAAAGGACCCCUCACCCGCCUCCAUUGAUGGAAGGCGAGGCCUUGGCCAGUCGAGUCCUUGAAUUGGGUCCCGUGGGAGCCAAAUUCUUAGGGCCGGUAAUAAUUGAGGUCCCGCAUUUCGCCGCUCUUCGUGGCAAAGAACGCGAAAUUGUGAUUCUGCGGUCGGACAACGGCGAGUCRUGGAAGGAYCACACGGUGGAUGCCACUGAAGAGGUCCUCAACGAGGUGCUUCAUGACAGUUUUGAGGCGGAAGAUUUGAACCAACUUGAGGAUGUGUCGUCUGGGAGGAUUACCAGGAUUGUCACGCAGGACUUUCCGCAAUAUUUCGCUGUGGUUUCAAGGAUAAGGCAGGAGGUGCACGCUAUCGGGCCUGAAGGCGGAAUGGUGUCCAGCACAGUGGUACCCCAGGUUCAGGCUGUUUUCCCCCAGGGAGCGCUCACGAAGAAGAUUAAAGUCGGACUACAGGUAAAUCUCUUCAAACCACGCAAAGGGGUGCCGACUGAAAAGUUGCGUAAAAUCACGGUCAACCACAUACCGAAAAAGAAAAGAUCAGUCGUAAAAAACCUCAAAACACUACUCUCCGAUAAGUUUUAUUUGAACCGGAAGUUAGUUGCCACGCGACUGGUCUUUUCUGAAACCGUUCGUAUGAAUGCUUUGCUUUUUGCCGCUUCAAACCACUGCAUUUGCUUCCACUUUACCAAAAAAAUGGUCAUAAACCAUCAAGUGCCUGAAUGUGACACGCUUUUUGCUAUUUUUACUUGGGAGGAGCGUCGGGCGUUGCAUGCUUCUAGUGAAUGUCAAGAAGGGGCGAACGAGCAAAGCCGCCACUUUAUUGGCGGGACCACGAGGGCGCAAUGGGAGGACGUGACCGGGUCCACGCCCCUGACUUUCGUCAACGAUUGCGUCUCGUUUACCACAACAGUGUCGGCGCGGUUUUGGCUAAUGGACUGCCGAAAUGUGGGAGAUGCGACUAAAAUGGCAACCGAACUCUACAGGGAAGCCAUUCAUGUGCCCUUCAUGGCAAAGUUUGUCGUGUUUGCAAAACGCGUGGACCCUCUAGAGGCGCGAUUGCGCGUCUUUUGCAUGACUGACGACAAAGAGGACAAGACUCUUGAGCACCAAGAGCACUUCACCGAAGUGGCGAAGAGUCGCGACGUGGAGGUGCUCGAGGGUAAGCCACAGUACAUCGAGUUCGCCGGUAACUUGGUGCCCAUCACCAAGAGUGGCGAGCAACUCCAGUURUCCUUCAGAGCGUUUAGGGAAAAUCGGCUUCCYUUCUCGGUGAGGGUCAAAGACCAACAUGCGGAAGCCGUCAGUCGGUGUCUUUUUAUGCGAGAACCAAAGUUGCCCAAAGGGGAGCCUCCUCAACAACCUAUUUGUAUUUUGAACAUUGUACUGCCGGAUGAUAUCGUGGUGGACACCAUCUCCUUGACGGAUUCGGACUCUGUGAAGAAAAUUGAYAAUUUCGAUUACUACAGACCGGAUCCACGAUUGGCCGARAUGAGCAACCUCCUGGGCGAAGACUGGGUACCUCUGGCGUCCCAGUUGGGUCUGACGACCUCUGAAAUCAACGUUAUCAAAUCCGAAUACCCGGACAGCGUGGCCAAACAGGCCCAAUCUAUGUUGCGAAUGUGGCUUUCCCAAUCCGGCAACAAAGCCCAGACCAACACUUUAGAAAGUGCGCUUAGGAGGAUAGGAAGAGAGGACAUCAUACCUCAGUGCCUAAACGUCGAAUAUCCGGCUCACGGGAUCAAGGAGAUAGGAAAACAGAGACUGAUAAAGAAAAUUAGUAUAGAACAGAAUCUCUACGAGAGAGACAUAAUGAGAGACUCUGAAAGUGUCGAGUCUCUCAAAAAAGCCGAAGAGGAGAAAAAGAAAGAAAAUUUCGAUAAGUACUCAGCCGAAGAGAAGGUCGUGGAGGAGACGUCUGAUGAAGAAGAUUURAACAAGACGGUGACGGAAAGGCGACAACUGAUCGAGGAACGACUUUCUGUCGAUAGAACCGUUCCGGCGUCUUCGCAACGUGUCGAAAUUGUCCAGGAAAUCAGUUCUAUCAAACGACAGAGUUUGGUCGAGAAUAAAAUAGCCGAAGUCGAGCAGAAAGCCGUAGAAGUCGUCGACGGAAAAACCACAAAAACAUCGAACGAGUUGACGACUUCGCCGACGGUUGAAAAGACGCAAGUGGAUGGAGAGAGGGAAAGGAGGGAUUCAGCCUUGUUGGAGGGUGUCACCCAAAGGUUCGAAAGUACAAAGACGAUGAUGACGAAAAUUGCCUCAACAGAAGAUCCCAAAUCCCCGAAAGUGUCAAAGACUCCACCACCGAGUCCAGCCGACUUCCUGACUCGAGAACAGGCAGCCGCAAUCCAAGCAGCAUCGGCGUCGCCGCAAGACGACGACGACUCGCUGGACACUGACGGCUUCCGCGAAGACCAAUGUCUGUUAGAAACCCCAACUCCGGGUGAAGACACCUCGAUCGAGGGCAAAGACUACUUAUCGAACUAUCGAACCGGAGAUAUCGACUUGGAAGAAGUAACUCCAUACGACGACAUCCGUCAGUAUUACCAACAUCAAGCGAAAUUAUUCUCCGGCACGCGCAAGCGUCUAGCAUCAACGGAAGAUUUAGACGUUGACGCUUCUAAUCCUUCCAUUGACAAUAAUCUGCCUUCCAAUCGUGAUAUUGCUCGUGUGUGUAGAUAUAGCGAAUCCGAUCCUGUUUUACGACCGGGCGAGUUGAAAAUCAAAGGCUUCCAAUCGCCAGAAGAGAAAGGUGCUAAAGAUUCGAAAAAACCAGAAGACUGGGAACGAAAAGAGAGAAAGACUGUUGAAAGAUUGCAUGGAGGAGGAGGCAAAGGCAAGAUACCUCCUAACGAAGAAGAAUUUCGAAUUAAAACAACUCCUGAUAAAAAAAUUGCAGUAGUUUAUUCUGAAAGUAGGAACGAGGAGUAUGCGAAUCAGGUCAGCAGGAGUACAUCACCACUGACGAAUAAAGAAAUCGCCCCCACUCCCGAAACCACACCCAAACCCCAUCCCACUCCCACACUAGAACUUGUGAUUGGCCGGAAAGAAGUCCGGACCAAAGAAGCCUCAGCUACGGCCGAAAGUCGACUUACACUGUAUGGUACUAACGACGUUGAAAUUUCGAUAAAGUCGCAGUCACACAUUUCGGUCACGACGACUCGACGCGACGAAUCAGGGGUCGAAACUUGCGAAACUGUAGACGUUGGUGUUUCUAACACCACUGAAAAGGGGAGAAAAUCGGAGGAAAAAGAUAAAUAUAUUAUCCCACCACCGGCUAUCGAAACCGUUCAAAAGAAACGCGAAGAAACUGUAAAUUUCAGCGGUACGAAACUGAUCUACACUUAUGACAAUUCGACUGAAAAAGACGAUUCUCAAGGUUCUGUAGGUACUGAAAGUUUUUCGCAUCACGUGACCGAUACAGGGAUUUCACUAACUCGGGGAACUACCGAAACUAUGACAAGUCCAGUUUCUAAACCUCCUGAUGUACUACAUGGAUUACAGACGACAGGGUUUGUAUCAGACACUGCAGUAGAUGUUGAAUUGGAAGAGUGCGAAUGCACUGACGCCGGUUUGAGUCCGAUCCAAGCCGACGAAAGUCUCCCUCAAGAACCUUAUUUUGAGGAAGAAGUCCAUUUCGUCGACGCUAACACAAGUCCUAUCGAAUUUCCCGAAUCGGCAUCUAUUGCUUUGUCGCAGGUUGAUACAUCCGAAGCGGGUACUCUUACCGAUCAAGUUGAUACGAAAGAUGCAUCCAGUAGUCCCAUCAAACCGGAAGAAAGCCCACCUUCACUCUCGGAUAAAAUUAAAGAUGAAGAAAUUUUGAAGAGUCGGAGAGGGUCAGGUGAUGUUAAAGCCAAAGUUAAACUUCUAGAGCAAACUAUAAAAUCGCCGAGUCAUGUUAUUAAACGCAAAAAGGAGGUUUUGGAUUCUGAAGAUGAAAUAAGUAGUAUGAAGGAUGAAGACUACAAGGGUUCGAAUGAGACUUUAGCUCAAAUUGAUGACGAUUACGACAAGACUGAAACCGUAUCCGAAGAAAUCGAUUUAAAGACAAAACAUACGAAACAUGUAGGUCGCAAAAUAGCAGAACUGCAGAAAAUUUUCUCAGGUUCUAGUGACUUGGAAGAUGAUGAUGUGUCUAAGCAAACGCACAAGUCGGGUAAAAUUCGGGAGAAAAUUGAAAUUGUCACUAAGGAAGAAAAAGUCAAGACUGAAACAGAACCCGUGAGUGGGUCUAAAGUCAUAGCCAACGGCUUUGAUACUUCGGACAAGUCUGAAGAAAUUGAAUCGAAAUCAGUGAGAGACAAACGAGCUUUGUUUGAGGAACUAAUCUCAAAAUCUCAGGAAGGUACUCCCAAAAAAACAGUACCACAUGAACGGCCUUACACUGAGAAAGAAUUAAGCGAAUGUGCACGAAGAAUUGAGGAAGAAAUUGUGGUGGAACAGAAAACUAGUCCUAGGAGACGUAUUAAAGAACUCUCACAAACUUUUCAAGGGGAGAAGUCGACAUUCCCCGUUCCUGUCUGUGAGCCACCGUGCGAAAAAAUCAUAAUUGAACACAAAACACCGUCACCUUUGACCCAAGAAAUUGAAACUGAAUCGUCAGUUGUAGAGAGUAAAGUCGCGAAAGAAAUGGAAAAUGUUUUCAAGACCCAAGCUGAGAUUAUUGAAAGUAUAAGUGGGCAAAGUUUAGAAGUGUGUGAGGAGCCGUGCAUUUGUGAGUCUAAGCCACAAGGCGAGGAACCUCUUUCUGAAAGUCAUAUAAUUAAGGAAGCGUUGGUUGCAAACGCGAAAUUGCUCACGACUAUUGCUUUACCUCCGCAGGUGUUGGAGGCAGAGCCUACGAAAUUAGACGAGGUUAUAUCUCAGGUUGAAGUGAGUGAGGAGUUGGAAAAGGAGAUUUUGCAGCAGAGAAUGAAGAAGGAAAUGGAAGCGAAUAAAAAGUCACUGCAGUUGGAUACAAAAGAGAGGAUUCCGAGAAUUAGUGAAAGACAAGUUCAGAAGCUUAUGUCUGAAGUUUUAGAAGCCACGAUGCAAAUCAGAGCGGAAGUUAAAGAACUGAAACCGGAUUUGACUCCGACUCCUGAAGGACAGUUGAUUUCGAUUGUAAGUUCAUCAUCCAUGGAUCACAUUAGGGAUUUGGAACAGAUUGAAGAAGAAGGUCAUGUAAAGCAAGUGCAAAAAACUAGUGAAAUGAAUAAUGUUGUGGAUGCUAAUGAUGUUGAUUAUGUCUAUGAUGAUAUGUUCGGUGAAGACGAGGUAGGUACUGUAAAAAAGGAGAUUCGUCGCAAAACACGUCAAAUUUCUGGUGAUGUGCAUUUACUUUCACCAGUGAAAGAAGUGAAAAUUCUACAUGCGGUAGGAAGGGAAUUGCCAAUGACAGAUACCGACUACCAAAAAGAAACAGAAAAGUUAGAUCAGUCUGAGGAAAAAGAAAAACCGGACACAGUCAAGUUUUCUUGCGAUAGUAAAAAUUUAAUUGCCAAAAUGGUAGAGGAGUAUGAAGUGUCUGAUAUAAAGCAGAGAAAACAACUGAUAAACCAGUCACAAAUGCAAAUUAGGUCCUCAUCAAAUUUUGACAAUUUUGACGAGAAACAAAUGUUUAAAAAUGAUAUCUAUUUAAAAGACACAACGAUUCAGGAAGAGAAAAAUGAAAAAUCAAACGUUAAAACAAAAUCCAUAUUAGAAGAGAAAACAACCAGUUCUGAAGAACAACUACAAAUUGAGAAUAUCAUGAAAAGCACAAAAUUGAAUGAUAAGGUUUUAAAAGAAAAUGAAACACUCCUUCAAGUGGCAACUGAAAGAAAAGAGCUAUCAGGAAAUGUGUUGGAAAAGACAUUCGAAGAAAUUACUAAUACGAAACACGAAAUUACGGAAACUAAGCAUGAGAAAGUAAUAACGAAAAAAAUAGAGGCUUUUUCACCUAAAGACAAAACUCCUACACCCAAAAAACUUUCUGAGGUAAAACUCAAACCUGACGAAAUUACGGAAAAGGUGGAAUCACCUGAGAAGGAAGUAAUAUUGAAAGAAGAAAAGGCUUUAACUCCUAAAGACAAAACUCCUACACACGAAAAACCCUCUGAGAUAAAACUCAAGCCUGAUGAAAUUACUGAAAAGGAGAAAUCGCCUGAGAAAGAAGAAGUACUGAAAGAAGAAAAGGCUUUAACUCCUAAAGACAAAACUCCUACACCCGAAAAACCUUCUGAGAUAAAACUCAAGCCUGAUGAAAUUACUGAAAAGCAGAAAUCGCCUGAGAAAGAAGAAAUAUUGAAAGAAGAAAAGGCUUUAACUCCUAAGGACAAAACUCCUACACCCGAAAAACCCUCUGAGAUAAAACUCAAGCCUGAUAAAAUUUCUGAAAAGGAGAAAUCGCCUGAGAAGGAAGUAAUAUUGAAAGAAGAAAAGGCUUUAACUCCUAAGGACAAAACUCCUACACCCGAAAAACCCUCUGAGAUAAAACUUAAGCCUGACGAAAUUACAGAAAAGGAGAAAUCGCCUGAGAAAGAAGUAAUAUUGAAAGAAGAAAAGGCUUUAGCUCCUAAAGACAAAACUCCACCCGAAAAACCCUCUGAGAUAAAACUUAAACCUGACGAAAUUACGGAAAAGGAGAAAUCACCUGAGAAAGAAGUAACAUUGAAAGGAGAAAAGGCUUUAACUCCUAAAGACAAAACUCCUAUACCCGAAAAACCCUCUGAGAUAAAACUCAAGCCUGAUGAAAUUACCGAAAAGGAGAAAUCGCCUGAGAAGGAAGUAACAUUGAAAGAAGAAAAGGCUUUAGCUCCUAAAGACAAAACUCCACCCGAAAAACCCUCUGAGAUAAAACUCAAGCCUGACGAAAUUACGGAAAAGGAGAAAUCGCCUGAGAAAGAAGUAACAUUGAAAGAAGAAAAGGCUUUAGCUCCUAAAGACAAAACUCCUAUACUCGCAAAACCCUCUGAGAUAAAAUUCAAAACUGACAAAAUUACGGUAAAGGAAAAAUCGCCUGAGAAAAAAGAAGUAUUGAAAGACGAAAAGACCUUAACUUCUAAACACAAAAUGCCUACACCCGAAAAACCCUCUGAGAUAAAAAUCAAACAUGACGAAAUUUCGGAAAAGGAGAAAUCGCUUGAGAAAGAUGUAAUAUUUAAAGGGGAAAAGGCUCCUAAAGACAAAACUCCUACAUCUGAAAAACCCUCUGAGAUAGAACUCAAGCCUGACAAAAUUACAGAAAAAGAGCAAUACCCUGAUAAAGAGGAAUUAUUGAAAGACGGAAAGGCUUUAACUCCUAAAGACAAAGCUUCUACACCCGAAAAACCCUCUGAGAUAAAACCCAAAUCUGACGAAAUUACAGAAAGGGAGAAAUUGCCUGUAAAAGAAGAAGUAUUUAAAGAUGAAAAGGUUUUAACCCCUAAAGACAAAAUACCUACACCCUCUGAGUUAAAACUCAAAACUGACGAAAUUAAGAAAAAGGAGAAGUCACAUGUGAAAGAAGAAGUAUUGAAAGAGAAGGAGGCUUUUAUUCUUCAAGACAAAUCCCCUACACCGGAAAAACUUUCUGAGAUAAAACUCAAACCUGACGACACUACAGAGAAGAAGGAAUUGCUUGAGAAAGAAAAGGAAGUUUUGAGAGAGGAAAAUGCUCGCUGUCCUAGAGACAAAACUUCACCGGGAAAGAUCUCUGAGAUAAAACUAAGACCUGACAAAAUUACGAGAUCGCCAAGCAAGGAACAAGUACUGAAAGAGCAAAAGGCUCCUUUUAAAUACAAAACUCAACUUUCAACUGAACAAAUAAUUGAGAUUACACACGAAAUUAAGGAAACUAUAGAGGGGAAAUUUGAAUGUAAUGAGGAAAUUGCUCCUUCUACUAAACGUAAAACACCUCCACACGAAAUUAUUGAGACAGAGAAAUUACUUGAAAAUAAAGAUAUAAAAACUGACAUGGCUCCCUUCCCCAAGAAGAAAUCUCCCACUUAUGAAAAUUUAACUGGGGUAAAACAGGAGCUUCAGGAAAUUGGAUGUGAGGCCUUAAUAUCGAAGGAGAAACAAACGAUCGAGAAAGAAUCCAAUGCAUGCUUAGGAGCGACAGAUUUACAUGAUGAAGAUCUGUCUAACAAGACAUUUUUAUCCAAAGACGAUGAAUUUCGGGCAACAAAACAGAAUAUCGCUGAACUUGUAGCUAAAAGGGAGGCGUCUUUUGAAACAUUUUUCGAGAAACAACGUUGUAGAAAAGUAUCAGAACACGUGGAAUUUGAUAGCAAAGUAACUAAGGAUAUUAAAAAUGAUUCGGCAAUAAAAUCAGGAGAAAGUGAAAGAGAUACAAUUACGCUUUCCAAAUCUGAGAAAACUUCAGCUACAAGUAAAGACUUGAAAGUUACUUCUACAGGUGAUGACAAGUCUGCCUACUUUUCUUUUACUUCACAAGAAGGCUCUGAUGGUAGUCAAUAUAAACAGAUCGAUUCAUUAAAUGUUAAACAAAGUCGUUCAGAUUCUACUAGCAAGUUUUCUGUGUUAGACACAUCUAUUCACGGGGAUAAUUUAGAAAUUAUAGACAGAUUGUCUCAAUCUAUAGGAAUUCAUAAACACACUGAAUUUAAAUCAUUAUCAACUACAACCGAUACUUGUGAAUACAUAUCUGAGGAUACUGCAAAAUUGGAUCAUUUCGAGGGGAAAUCUCAAUUAGAAACAACAACUUCUUCCCGAGCUUCCAUAGUCGAUACUGAUUCUGAGUCGUCAAACCUCUCGUCAUUCAUAGGUCCCAAAUCCGUUUUAACUCACAAGGAAAUCACUUCCGCAUCUGCAUUUGAUUCUACCUCAACAGCAACUGAAGUUCCUACGGCACCAACGGACACCAUUCAUAAAGGUACUGAAGUUUCGGAAGUAGAUCGUAUGAUUUCUAAACCUCCUGUACCUGAUAGUAAAUUAGAGGCUGUUGCUGUGACUGCCAUUAGUCAGCUAGAUUGCGAUAGAACUCAUUCUUCUUAUCAUAAGAAAACUGAUUUUAGUCACGAUAGUUCCGCCAUAGAUGAAUACAUUACUUCCGAUGAAAUUUCAUACUUAAGCUCAGGGUUACAUAGUGAUUCUGCAAAAUUAUCCGAAACUGAAGCCGAAUUAAUAUUUUCCGAGACCGAUUCAUCGGCGAGAAUCGAAGCUAGUAAAAGAGCUACAAGUGAUUCAAUACCGGAGGCUCCAAUAAGCGAUUCUCAACCUGUCGUUGUUAUGACAGACGACAUAAUUGAAGUAACUUUGCAAAAUGGCUUUGAUAGUGAUCAUAAAAAGUCUUCCGAAGUUGUAGUAGAGGAGAGUAAAGUUAAAAUUGGCAAAAGUAAGCAGAAAGUUAGUGAUACAACGAAAGUAAUGAAACCCAAAAAGAAAAUUACAAAAGCUACCCCAAAAUUGCGUUCUUUUAAAACUGAGAGUGACGCUGAUGUGAGUUCUGAUGACGACAAAUUUAUUCAAAAAACUAGAACUACGAAAAGUACCACAGUUACAUCGAAAAAACCGCAAGUUUCAGGUAUUCCAAAACGUGUAAAAUCAACUAGUUCUGUUACGACUGAAAGUACCAAAACUACACAUCAGUAUUUGAAGAAAAAAAUAAAAGAACCUGAAACGACUCCGAUACGUACAGUGCGCAAAUAUGACACAAAAGUUCAUGGUUACAUGCAAUCGACUUUAUCACGUGACAUGAAAAUCGAUAAACAAAUUAAAGAAAAAGAGACGUUAUUGCAAAAGGGCACCAAAAAUAAAAAAGAAAUGGAUAAAAUCAACGAGAAUUUGAAAAGUAGUCUAAAAUCGAAAACAGAGACGCGUAAAACCGAGACAAGACAUGCAUAUCAACGAACUACAUUUUCUUCGGAACGAAAAGUUUCCAGUUCUAGGGAAGGUACUCCUGUUAAAUCUAAACCCAAGAAAACUGAGGAAACUUUGAAAAAGCCUCCGAAAAAGAAGGAAUCUAAGACUGUGGUACUUGAUAGCAAUAAAUAUGCCGAAACUCGGGCUAAGUCUAAAACUACCACACCUGGUGAUAGUAAGGCCACCACAUUGCAGAAAAGCGAAGUGAUUUUUAUAAGAGACAGCCCUAAACCGAGUGCCUCUCCUACUAAACUUAAACGUACCGUAAUUAUCGAUCAAACUAAAAAAGAAAAAGAGAAAUUUUCGGACGUUUCCGAUAGUGAGAAAGUGGUGCAAUUCUCGGAUCGUAUCCGAAGUCAAUCAGUCAUUCCUUCAACUUAUCAAGAACUAAUCUCAAAAGAGAGGAAAGAAAGUGUGAGUCCGACAUCUUUACCGGGUAGUCCAAUCCGGGUACGAUCGGCCAACGGUGGUACCAAAGUCAUAACGUCGGARGUUUUCACUCGGACUCAAAACUACACCGGAUCUAUCGAAGUCAUCUACCGCCAACCGUAUGAAAACGUCCGAAAAAUAGCCAGUACUCUUAAAAACGAAACUGAGAUGUCACUAAUUGACACAACUGACUCGAGUUUGUCCGAAAGUGUGGCUUUGCCAAGUCCUCCUUCAGAUCAUGAUGUCAGUUCGGACACCAAUGGCCGUUUCCGGUCCCUCUCUCCGAYUUCCCCCCGGAAACGCAAAUCACUCGAAUCAAUUAAUGAAUCCGAUCAUCGCGUCUCUGAUAUAAUCCCUUGUACGGAGAUUGUAGAAGAAGAAAGUUGUGCCAUCCCAAGACAGUUGGUGAUGUCGCAGUACCAGGAAAUGGGGCACAGCGCCGAAGAGCGUCUCUCGCCCAUAAUCGACGUGAAAGUCGUUUCGCCGUCGCGAAUCAAAUAUCAGUUCGAUUAUGAGGAUAGAGGCGAUAAGGAUGAGACAAGAUCAGAGUGGGAUGUCUCAAAGAAGUCAGCAUCACAAGAAGAAGCACCACAGGACGCAGAACAGCAAGGAUUGUCAACCACGACCGAACGUUUAGUAGCUAGUAACGAAGAAGCAUUGCUAKACAAACCUUUAGGCCAGCAGCUUACUGGUUUAUCUGUCAUUGACGAUAAUUUAGUUACCGAUUUAAAAACCGUACUCGAACAAACUAACGCUUUUAUCCAAUCUGAGUCACAACCGGAACCGUAUGACGCGCUUGCGGAAAAAUAUACGAGAAAAGAACCAAUCAAUGUACGAAAAGUCGAUGAUCAUAAAAAUAACAUGAACGAAAAGAAGAAAGCUAAGAAGGGUUUCUUUGGCUCUAUCAAAACAUUUGUCGAACGGUCAUUCGAAUCCGAUUCUGAGUCAGAGAAAUCGCCGAAAAAGUCCAAAAAACCUAAAAAAGAGAAAAAGAAGAAAACCAAAGAUGAGAAGGCAACCGAACAAGAUUUGCCACCAAGGAAACCAAAAUUGCCAACACCACCAUUGGCACCUAGUGACAUUGAUAGUAUUCCUUUUGCUGAAGCUUCAGUUUCUGAUUUACCCCCGCCAUACAAACCACCGGAUGUACCAAUUAACGAAGAACAAGUUCCAGUCACUGACCUAGAUGCUGAUCUUGAUGUUCAGGUAACUGAACAAACUCCAAAACCAACUGAAAUAAAAGAAAAAGUUCAAGAACAAGUCUUGAAAGAUAAGAAAAAAGGCAAAGCAAAAACUGUUGUUGUACAAGAAGUCACAAAAACAAUCGAGCCUUUGGUAAUAGAAGCAGAAGAAUUUUCAAUAGUUGUUGAUCCCACCAAGAAAGAAUCUCCGAAAAAAUCAAAAGAAACGUUUACUAUUAAUAUUGAUCAAACCAUAGAAAAGAAGGAAAAAGAAAUUUUAGAAAAAUCUCCAAUCUUGUCCGAAGAAAAAAUAAUGAAACCUUUUGCUGCUCUGGAACAGAUUGAUGUCCCAGUCAGACCACCAAGAACUAAAGACCAYAUAUAUGAAGAUAUCGAGGAUCCUGCAAAAGUUUCACAAGAUGUCAUCAAGGAAGUAACUACAAAUUUGAUUCAAAAUGAGAUGAAUAAUUGUGCUUGGUCUGAUGUUACUCCCGCUCUUCAAAAAGUACAGAAAGAUGAUGAAGCACAAAAAGAAAUUGUUGAAAAGCAUGACAAAGAAAUUUUGAAAGAGAAAGAGAAGAAGGAUGAAAAGAAGAGUGGAUUUUUCAGUUUGUUUAAGAAACGGGAUUCAAAGAAAGAUGACGAAAUGCCCAUUAUUGAGAAGGUUGAGAAGAAUGCACUUUCUGAAGAAAUAUUGAAAGAUAUGGAUGAUUCAAAGAAAUUUAUUUUGGAUGAAGUAGAAAAUUACCAUGAUGUGCGUCCAUUUCCAGCAAAAGAAAGUAUGACGGAAACUGUUGCUUCUACUAUUAAGUCAGAAACAGAAGAAACGAAAGCAGAAGAACGCAAGGUAGAAGAAUCAAAAGUACAAUCUGAAGGUUUCUUUGGUUUAUUCAAGAAACCCAAAAAAGACGAAAAACCUGCUGAGAAGAAAGAUACUGAGAAGAAAGCCAAGAGAGAUGAGAAGAAGCUAGAAGAAAAGAAGUUGGCUGUGAUUUUGUCGGAAGAAGUGCUUAAAAAUAUAUUGGAUUCAAAACGGUUUUUGGAAGGUGAAAUACAAAAUUACCAUGAUGUCAGACCUGAUGACGCUAAAAUGGAAGAAAAAGUUGUACAUGAAGAGACACCAAAGCACAUUAUUGAAGAGUCUUCACCUAAAAAAGUUACGGAUGCAAAAAAAGAAUCGUCACCUAAACCAUCUGGACUUUUUGGUCUUUUCAAAAAAUCAAAAGAUACAGAGGUAGAACAACCUGUGAAAGAGGUAAAGGAAACUGAACAAAUCUUGACUGCUGAAAUAGAAAAGCCUGAAAAACCAAAGCUCGAACCUGAAGAAAAGAAAGUUGAAGAGGUUGAGAAAACCACCGCUGAAGCUGCUGAAACUCAAUCCGGCGGUUUCUUUGGUUUCUUGAAAAAAUCUAAAAAAGAAGAAGAAGCUGCACCAGCACAACCUCAGUUGUCAGAAUCUGUGGUCAAAGAUAUGACCGAUACUAAACAAUUCUUAACUGCCGAAGUACAAAAUUACGAAGAUGCUCGACCUUUAAAAGAAGAAGUGUUUAGUGAAGAAAAAACGACAGAGUCUGCGGAACAACCGUCUUCUGGUUUCUUUGGUUUAUUCAAAAAAAACAAAAAAGAAGAUGAGAAGAUUGCCCCGGAAAAAGUAACUAAAGAGGUCGCAGUUGAAGAAAAGCUUGUCAAAGUUGCGACUGAAGAAGAAAAAACGAAGAAAGUCGUGGAAGAGGCGAGGGAAUCUUCACCAAAACCAGGUUUCUUCGGUCUCUUCAAAAAAUCGAAGAAAGACGAAGAAGAAACAAUUCCAACAAAACCGCCUCUAUCAGAUUCUGUCUUGAAAGAUAUAAAAGAGACCACCCAGUUUUUAUCACAUGAAAUAGAUAAUUAUCAUGAUGUAAAACCUGUGAAAUUUGCACCAAUUUUAGAAGAAAAAAUUGAAAAGUCUCGGGACGACACGGUGGAAUCUUCACCUAAAUCUUCAAGAGGACUCUUUGGCAUUUUUAAGAAAUCGAAGAAAGACCAAGAAGAAAUACCUGAAAAUAAAAAUCCGGUUCUCUCUGAGGCAGCUUUGAAAGAUAUGAAUGAUACACGUUUAUUUUUGCAAACAGAAAUUGACAGUUAUCAUGAUGUAAAACCGGCGAAAUUUAAAGCAAUUAAAGAAGUGAAAGUUGAUAAGGAUGUUGAUGAACCACAAGAACUUUCUCCCAAAUCACGUGGCCUGUUUGGUAUAUUCAAAAAAACAAAGAAAGAUCGGGAAGGAUCAGUUGAAGCAAAACCUGUAUUGUCUGAAAGUGUUUUGAAGGAUAUGAAAGAUACAGACGAAUUUUUAUCAGUGGAAGUAGAAAAUUAUCAUGACGUUAGAGCUCCCGAAGAACAAAACCAAAAAGCAACAGAAAUAAAUGUAGAAUCUUCCGCUAAACCAUCCAUGGGUUUGUUUGGUAUCUUCAAAAAAUCUAAGAAAGAUGAAGAAGUUAAUGAACCUACUAAGCCCUCCGAUUCUGUUGAAAAAGAAGUAACCAAAACCGAAAUUGAAAAACAAGUUGAAACUACACUGGACAAAUCUAAUUUGCUUGAUGAGGAAAAAACAGCAAGGUCAAUUGAAGAAAGAACUGAGUCAUCACCAAGUCGUGGCUUAUUUGGCAUUUUCAAAAAACCCAAAAAGGAAGAAGAUUUACCAGAAACCAAACCUACGCUUUCUGAAGAAGUAGUCAAAAAUAUUGCUGAUACUGACACAUUUCUGACUGAGGAAGUGAAAAACUAUGAUGAUGUUAUACCCGAAAAAUCUGCUUUGAUUGAUGAAGAGAAAAUUACAAAAACGGAAAAAGAGAGGACCGAAUCUUCACCAUCUCGAGGAUUAUUCGGUAUCUUCAAAAAAGUCAAAAAGGAAGAAGAACCUUUAGGAACAAAGACAACACUUUCAGAAGAGGUUGUUAAGGAUAUUAAUGACACCACUCAAUUCUUAACUGAAGAAGUAGUAAAUUAUCAUGAUGUAAUGUGCGAAAAGUCUGUUUCGAUCGAUGAAGAAAAAGUUACAAAAGUGGUGGAGGAGCGCACAGAAUCUUCACCAUCUCGGGGAUUAUUUGGAAUUUUCAAAAAGACUAAAAAGGAAGAAGAACCUUCAGAAGCAAAAACAACACUUUCAGUAGAAGUUGUAAAGGAUAUUAAUGAGACCACUCAAUUUUUAACUAAAGAAGUAGAAAAUUAUCAUGACGUAAAACCUGAAAAAGCGAUUUCAGCUGAUAAAGAAAAAAUAACGGAAGUAGUAGAAGAAAAAACCGAAUCUCGUGGUUUGUUUGGAAUUUUCAAAAAAUCUAAGAGAGAAGAAUCAAUAGAACAAAAAACAGCUAUUUCUGAUGAGGUAGUAAAGGAAAUGGCUGAUACUAGUAAAUUUUUSAGUGAUGAAGUGGAAAAUUAUCAUGAUGUUAAAACUGAAGCAACGGUCGUUGAAACUACUGAAGAAGCAAAAGCUGCACCUGUGGAAGAACAAAAAGUUUUAAAAUCAACUGAAGAACAAACAGAAUCUUCACCUUCACGCGGAUUGUUGGGCAUUUUCAAAAAAUUUAAAAAGGAGGAAGAAAGUCCAGAUGUAAAAAGCGCUCAACAAGAUGUUAAAAAAACACAAGAAUUUAUUUCCACUGAAGUAACAAAUUAUCAGGAUGUUAAACCGGGGAUUACUGAACUGGAAAUAGUUACGCCAAAAGAUGUUAAUGACGACGAAACGAAACAGGAAGCCAAGGUUGGGUUCUUGUCAAAGUUUAAGAAAACUAAGAAAAAGCCAAGCUUGACUGAAACACAACUCUCGGAAGAAGUACUGAAACAAAUGGACGAAACAAAGAAAUUUAUAUCUACUGAACUCGAAAAUUAUGAAGUUGCAAUAACCGAGAGUGUUGAUAAAGAUAAAAAAGAAGAAAAAACUGUCACUUUUGAGGACACUAAAUCAAAGAUGGUGACAGAGAUUCAUCUUCCUCAGGUUGAAGUUGCUCAUGUAGUUGAGAUGGCACCUAAAGAUGUGACAGAUGUCAUCAAAGAGCCUGCAGAGGAAAUUAAGGAAACAACAGAGAUUAUUGCAAAAGAAAUAACUCAGACACAACAAGCUGAAGAAAAAGAAGUAAAGUUAAAGAAAGAUAAACUAGGUAAAGAGAAAAAAGGCAAAAAGUUUAACAUAUUUGGAAAGAAGUCCAAGUCUCAGGAUGCCUCUUUUGAUGAAAAUAGAGGAAAAAUAGAAGUAGAAAGUGAAGGAUCACCAAAAAAACAAAAAAGGCGUAAAAGCAGUAGCCCGUUUAAGUUUUUCGAAAAAAUGAAAAAGAGCGAAGAAGAAGUCAAAGAAACUGAAACUGAUGAACAACCUCAAAUCCAUGCUAGAACUGAAACUGUCACUAAAGAAGAACCAAAAGAUGAUUUGCUGGACAUUGAGUUUGAAAAGGAACCUGCAAUAAAUUUAAGCGAAGAAGUUUUAGGUAGUUUAGAGAAGAAAAUGGAGGAAUUAAAAAAGAAAUAUUCACCUGAAGUUCAAAAACAAAUCAACGAUUGUCGCGAUUUUCUAUUUAUAGAAGUUGAUAACUAUGAAGAUGCUAAACCUGUGGUUGUUACCGAUAUUGAUUCUGAAAUAAUAUCAACUGACGCUACUAAAGCUGUUGAUGAAAUUAUUAAUGAAGCGUCAAAAGUUAUUGAAGAUGGUAAAAGCCAAGCUAGCACUGUAAAGUCUGAAGUUGUAGAGAUUUUCACAAAGAGUGACUCUGAAAGUGAAGACGGAAAAAAGAAGGAAAAGAAAAAAGACAAAAAAUCUGGAGGAUUCUUCUCCAAACUAGGAAGUUUGAUCUCAGGAAGCGUUGACGAGGCUAAGAGUGAAAUUGAAGAAGCUAAAAAGGGAGCUGAAAAAACAGCCGCUAAAACUAAAGCAACAACUCAGAAAACUGUAGAUACAACAGUUAAAAGUGUCCAAGGUAAAGUUGAAAAAACACAAGACUCAUUGGUCGAACAAAUUAAAGAAAUUGAAGAAAUUAAAGAUAGUUCUAUUGCUACGACUUCUCAAAAGAUUGAUGAAGCAAAAAUGGGAAUCAUAGAUCUAAAAGAGUCACUACUGGAAACAAUUACAAAAACUGGAAAAAAAAUUGAAGCCAUUAAAAAGGACACCGCAGUUAAGACUGGAGACAUGAAAGAUGCAACGAUGAAAAAAGUCGAUGAUGUUACAGAAAGUGCACAGACGGCUUUUGAAAAAUCAAAAUCUGACAUGUCGCAAAAAAUUCAAAAAGUAGAAGAAACAACAAAAGAAAUUAAGAAGAAAACUGAAGAAAGUAUAAGAACUGCUCAAAACUCUGCUGUCAGGAAGUCUGACGAUUUACARAAGGAUAUCAAACACAAAGUAGCAGACGAAAAGAGUCAUCUAGAACAAAAGAUAGGUAAAACAGUUGAAGGGUCUACAAAAAUUUUAAAAGAAUUUGAGAAAACAACGGAUGAAGUGGUAAAAGCAACGGUAGAGAAAGCAGAAGAUGUUAAGACUAGUGGACAACAAUUUUCUCAACAAGUCGUUGAAACCACCAAACAGAAGACUGAAGAAGUAAAACAUGAUGCCGAGAAAGCAAAAGCUUAUAUCGAAAGUGUAGGGAAACAAAAAAUURAUGAUUUAGACAAAACAAUAGAAGACAUGAGAGCCAGAAUUGAAGACGAAGUUAAAGAUAUUCAACAUUCAACUCAACAUAACAUUGAUGAUUUAGAAAAUGUAAAACAUAAAGCAAUAAAGGAUAUUGAAGCGGUGGCUAAACAAAAAUUUKAUGAAAUUGAGAAAACAAAAGGAGAUAUAGAAGGCUCUAUUGCAGAGAAAGUUGACGAUUUGAGUAAGACGGCUGCACAAAAAGUAAAUGGAUUUGAAAAAAUUAAAGAAAGUAGUAAACAAGCAGCUGCACAACAAAUAGAAGAACUGUCACAAGUUAAAGAGACAAUUGAYCAGGAUUUGAGAUCUGCAACCACGAAAAAAAUUGACGACGUUACAAAAUUCAAAGAGGAAAYUGGAGACACUGCUAAAGAAAAAAUGGAAGACGUCGCAAAAACGUCUUCUAAAAUUGGGGWUGAUCUGACCAAAGCCAAGGAUAAAGCUCAAGAAGCAAUUGCUAAAAAAAUAGACGAAGUUGCUAAAGAUAAAGGUAAUAUUAAAARUACGAUAGAAAGUAAAGCAGAAGAUUUACACAAGGAGACUAUCAAAAAAAUAGAAUGUACACUUGCCGAACUGACUACAGUAAAAGAAAAUACAAAAGAACUUUUGACGGAAACAGCCGACGAAUUUGCCGCUGCAAAACAAAGCGCAAUCGAAAGAUUAUCUAAAGCUCAAGAUGUGUCGUAUCUAUCCGAAGCAGAAAUGGGAAAAAUUAUUCACAUAACUGACGAUACAGAACAAAAAAUGACUGAAGAUGUUGGAGCAAAAGUUACGGAUAAGUCUAUGUCGAAGCAAAAGGAUUCUAUCACUGAAACCGUAGCUCAAAAGACAAACGAAGUAUCUAAAACAGCUGCAAAGAAAGUCGACGAUUUAUCAACGACUAUUGGUUUGGGAGAAGAAGCAGUAAACGGCUUUCAAAAAUCAACAUCAGAAAAGUUGAGUAAAAUCGACAAGACUAAAGAAGAAGCUAUCGCCGACCUUUCAAAAUUGAAGGAAAGUACUUCAGGGACUCUGACUCAGUUAACAACAGAAACUGCAAAAUCAAAAGAAAGUGCAAUUGAAGAUUUAAUGAGAAUAGAACAAAGUCUAAAAGACACAUCUUCACAAAUUGCAAGUGAACUCUCAAAGGGAGUUUCACAAAAAAAGGAUGAUUUUCAAACAGCAAGACAGAAAGCUAUUGACGAUAUUGAAAAAAUAAAGGGAAGUGUUACUAAAAUUGAUGAUAUUCCCAAAGGUACUGCAAAAAAAGUUCGAGAAGAAGUUGAUCAGCAAAAGAAAGAACUUGAUGAUGAAUUAUCAAAAUUAACAUCUUCAUUAGAACAGUUAUCAGAACCUGUCGUGAAAGAUAUACAAACUGUAAAAUCAUACGUUACUUCACCCACAAUGGCACGACGAGCCGAGUCACAGAGGUUUUCUCGUGAAGAGCGACCAAUAGUUCGUGAAGUGAAAAGUGGACAACAAGAUGAAGAUAGCGAUGAAGAGCACUACACUGUGACCGAGCCAGAAGAUGUGGAAGAUAAGAAACGCAAACCUUUAUUUCAUUUAGAAUCUGAAGACGAUGAUUCUUUCGAGGUGGCUAAAGGUGCUAAAGAUAGACGCGACAGUGUUAAGUCAAAUGUUUUGGAGACUUUGAGUGAAAAAAAGUUGGAUAAUUUACUGAGCGACUUGGAGGUUCAGUUGGUGAAGGAUUUAGACCGGUCAGUGACUGAAGUGAAAGACAAAGGCGAAAGUAAAUUGACUAAAGCCGAAUUAGASUUAGAAACGAUUAAAAAAGACUCGCAAGUUGAUGUCGACCAGAUCGAGCAAAAAUUACGUGACUUGGACAAAGCGUUAGAUUCUCUAGAACAGGCGUCCGAUCCUAAGCUUGAGAAAAAGUUGCAUAGGGUCGAACGCAAGUUCGAACGGAUGGCGUCUGAAGUAAUGGACAAAGACGUUGCGGGAGCGUCACCAACCGAGGUCGAGGCGCGUCGUGAGAACGAAUUUCAAAAACUCGUCUCGCAGCUGAGCACUGAAGAGGUAUCAGACUUCCAGAAAGAGUACAGUCAUUUAUGGGACGAGACCACGUUCUCAAAAACCGAGGAAUGGGACUCGAAAACGCCCGAUAGUCAAGUUGACGUGCAGGAACUUCCUCAAGGUGAGGUCGUUUACCUGGGACCUGUCACUUUAAAUAAAGAUAACUUAGUUAACAAGGCGGGCAUCGAAGUCGAUGUCAUACCUAUAAUGAGGAGUCCUUGUCAUACCCCCAAACCCAGCAAGAAAAACAAACGGGCCAAAUCCGCGAUGGAUUUCUACGAAGGAUCCAGUCCCUCUAAAGAAUUCGACAGGGGUAGCCUCCCCGACCUUAAACGAACCUCCCAAAAAGGCUCCCUUGUCAACACUAUUCUUGAACUCAACCCCGACAGAUUUCUGUACGGUAGUACUACAUCCGUGAUGAGUACCGCGUCUUCCAGUUCGGAACUCUCCAGAGGCGAAAUUAUGAACGCAGUGCUUGACUGGCUUGACAAGUCGAGUCAAAUGAGCAAAUCUCCGCUCGAUUCAGCCAGUAUCACUAGCUCAGACUCGAAUUUGUCAAUGGGUGCCAAAACGCACCCAAUCACCCCUACCAUCUGUAUCACGAAUGGACAAAGCAAAAAACAAGAGAAACGUAGAGGAAAAUCCAAAGGUCGAGAAACCAUCGCAACACUAACCGAAGAUACUAAAACCGUACCACAACCCAAACCUCGCUUUGCUAAAGAACCUCCUCUACAAUUCAAUGACCGAGAACCCAAACUAGAAAAACAAAUAUCACCAGUACGGGACGAUUUACUCGACGAGGAGGACUCGGCGGUUCCUGAGACUUAUUCAGACAAGAAAAAAUUCUGGGAAAAUGUUACGAAAGAAAAGAGAAUGAGCUUGAAUGAAGUGCCAACACUCGACAAAGAUUUUCUCAAGAAGAGAGUCUCAGUCCACGAGGUUCCAAUCCCAAAACCUCGCUCCCAAGUUCAGGUUUCCCAAAGUAUAGACGAGACGGGACCAACAAAAGAUGAAGCAGAACCAGAAACGAGAAUCAUGUCUGAAUAUCAAGCGUCUUUCCAACCGCCGAGCGAACGUAAAUCAAAAACUCCACCAAAACUCGAAUCGGAUAAAGAAAGUAGCACUGAUUCUGAAUCCGACAAUGUCCACCACAGUGGUACCAACGAAAAUGCCGGCUAUAUUAGUGACAGUGGAGAUGUGGAACACUACAUCUCCGAUUCGGAAAUCGAGGAUCGUGUUCCACAAAUCCGCGAACGGCAGAUGAGCGUUUUCGCACCACCUGUGGCAGCAGUCCGAAAAACCAUCUACGAAAGAUCCGCUUCUUUACCUACGGAAGACUUGUACGAAGUGUCAGCACGAAGUAUCAAACUCAGAAAACAGUACUACGAGGAACAAAUCAAGAAGGAGAUGAUCGAAGAGCAAUUAACGAGUGAAAUUGAGGAGGAACCGUCGCCUGAACGGAAAACUUUGAUCACUUCACUGGAACAACAACUAAGCGAAGAGAAAAUUACUGUUAAAGAUAUCGCACGUUCGUUCGAUGAGGCAACCAAAAAAGAAGUUUCUUUCGAAGAUGAUCGUCAAAYGCACAAACCAGAUUCGACUUUAACGCACAUUGAGGAUCAAACAKCGAUUUCAACMGAAAUCCUAGAAACGCACAAAGAAAUCGAUGUUGAUUCUCAAACAAAACGAUCCUCGCUUGGGUCAGAACAGAGUUCUUCGUCAGAUAUGGAUAAAGUAACGAGGAAUGAGAGUACUUCUAAGCCGGAUUCUAUGGAGGUACAUGUGGACAAGAGCGAAAUUGAGGACUCGGAAAAGCUUGCCGAACUCGACCAAGACGCUACCGAUUUAGAAACCAAGUCUUUAGACUCAUUAAAUGCCGUAGAAAUGUCCCCAAAAUCGACCUAUUCUGCUGACGAAGCCAUUCCCGAAAUUACAGUCACUUUAUCAGGGAAACAGAGACGUAUCAGUGAAGAAAGUGACGAGUAUGCACCCAAACCUGACAAACAAACAGAUUUAGACUCCCCAAUACACGUGCCAGAGGAACACGUCGAAGAUACAGUUUGGGAAGUGUCAGUUCAGUCACAACCUGAGGCUCGUUUUGACGAAAAAGUCACUUCUUUCGAUUCUGCCACUAUCGAAAAAUUCGAAAAAGAAGAUGAUUUGAGUUUGAGUACUCGAGAUGAGUCCGAUUUAGGAUCGGAAAUCCAUCAAGACCAUUCCGACUCUUACGCUUCCGACAAAAUCAAGUCUGAGAGUCAUAGUGAUAUUGAGAGGAUUAUUUUGGACAGUCUACAACAACAGAAAGUUGACCCUGUGGAAGCCAAAGCUAUUGCUAGUGCCCUAAUUGARGAAAUCGAAGCCGAAAUACAACGACGCGAGUGUUUACCUCCUACUGCUUCAACUGGGGACGUUUCCGACUAUUUGAAAUACUUAGCAGAGACAAAAGGUUUAGAUGAACGAGAAGUUGAAUUAGUUGAGUCGGUUUUAGCGAGGCGACAACGCGAAUUGGCAAAAUUGGCUCGUGGUGACACUCAAGCAUCGAGUAUUGAGAUAACGGAUGAAGAUUUGAGAUACAGCGGAGCGGAAAUAGAUUCUACUCAUCUACUUGAACAACAGAUAAGUCAAUUGAAAGCUGAAAAAUUUGACGAUAUUAAAUCCAUGACUUUCAUGGAUAAAAUCGAYGAGAAACAGAGCGAAGAGUCGCACCAGAGCAAAGAUUUUGAGAGUUGUGAGGAUGGAGUCAUUACUGGAGUCAAGAGUGACUUCCAUACAAAAUCUUUCGAAAGUAUGAAAGGCGAAAAGUGUGAAACUAGAGAUACAAUUUUUGAAGAAGACGAAACAAUCUCAGAAAGUGGGAUUCAAGAGACGCAACACGUGGAAGCCAAAGUUGAAGCUGUAGCAACUGAAACUUUGAGAAAGAAGAGUGAAGACAAGGAAGUGGAUGAGUACAGGGAGAGUAGUAUUGAUGUUAAUAAAGAGAAAACAUUUGAUCUAUCAACAAAAAAGAUAGAAGUUGAUUCUGAAGAUUCAUUUAAGCAGAAAAUUGAGGAAACUACUGCUAGAAGUGACGUUACAAAAUCAAUUAUCAAGCAUCACAUUGAUGUAAAGGAAAAAUCGCCGGCUGAAGAAAUUAAAUUGAAAGGUGAAAUCACCUGUGAGGAUUAUUCCUCGAAAGAUGAAAGCAGUAAAAGAGAGUCAAUAAGUGAGAGUAAAGAAAUCGUCGGUGGGAAAAUUGAGAAAGAAGCUGCAAUUGAAGAAUCUCACAUUAAAACGAUUCAAAAGGAAUUCCUCGAUAGAGAAACCGAAGAAAUUCGCUCAGACGAAGAUAAAGACAUUACAACGAAACAGACUAAAAUUAGGAGCAAAGUUAUAUCAACCGAUGUUGUCCAUGAAUCAUCAUCAUCGAGUGAAACUAAAGAAGAAGUCGAAAUUGUCGACUUAGACCCUUCCCUACUGCCCAGCGAGAUGGGCGAAAUCAAAAUCGUCGAAAAACACGAGGAAAUCAAACGAACCUCUAGUAGCGAAUCAAAAUCGAGUAUUGAAUCGGGAAAAUCGCCGGAAGAUCAAUUUUCGACGUGUUCCUCCGRACGUAAAGGCGAUUCAGAUCCGUUAAGACUCACAGACAAGUCUGAAGUUCUAAUGAGGAAAACAAGUUCACUUUCUAAAGUCGAUCGUAAGUCGGGAAUUGAUUUUGAGACGUAUUCGAGCUCGGGUGAGAGUCACUAUCACAGCUUUGAGUUAGAUAGCGGGAAGAGCAGGCCGUGUUCUUCUGAUGUUGAAGGAUUGGUUGCUGCUGGGUCUUCCGAAUAUGAAAGUGCGUUAACAUCACAGGAUUACUCAUGUCCGUCUCAUAUAACCUCGACUGAGUACCACUCAGCUGUCAGUAGUUUGAGUUCGAAGGAAAGUAUGAAAAGUCUUGAUAGUGAAAGUUCUGGUCAUUUGGGUAGUGUGGAAGUGUCUGAAUUGUCAGAAACUUUGGUACCAUCAGCGAGUGACUUGGAGGGUGAUAUUUUAGACACCGGUGAUGAUGGAGGUUGGAAUGAAGAGAUUGACGAUGAACCGAGUGAUAAACAAUCAAAAAUGAAACGAUCUCACGAGAUGACGUUUCAACCCGAACCUAAACUUCUAUCUACCGAGUCACCCCAGACUGAGGAAGGCGACCGGAAGUUUACAAGUAUGGAUGACGGAAGUGUUGUUAGUAUGAGUUUAUCGAGUACUUCCGGUACGACUGAACCUAGAACAGUUAUCGAAUUGUCACGAGCGGAUUCAGAGAGAAUCGAAGGUGGAAGUAUGUCAGUAUCUGGCAUAUCCGAUCAGUUGAGUAUUGAGGGAAGUUGUGAUAGUUUAGUAUUCCACCAACCAACACCACUCACUACUUCUGAUAUGAGUACCUCAACUGGACAAGUCGAGGGUAAUUUGCAAAUCGAGUCGAUCACUUUUACUACAUCGAUGGUGAAUGAAAGUGGAAUUCGGAGUGUUAGCACUCAAGUAACUUCCGAGAGUCAUACCCCUGAAGAAGACCGCGCUGGAAAACCCACCGAACCUCAACAAAACGGAAAAUGUCCACCGGAAGUCAAAAAGAAGUGUCACAGACGACAGGAGAGCACAAGUUCCUUUGUGCCGCCAAAAAUGGGCAGUUUUGAGCAAAAAUACCAAUCCGAAUUGACUGAAAGUGACAAAUACACUGCCGAACUGAGCUUUAAAGAGGUCAUUAGUGACGAAAAGAAAGAUAUUGAUGAACGCGAAAAAGAGGAAAGUUACGAAACUGAAGCCGAUCAAGGUUUCCACCGAGAUGUCCGUGAGGGUAAAUACCAAGAAGCUGAAGAAGAAAUCAAAGACGAUACUCCAGAAUUCAGUUCAGAAACUCAAGCCAGUGUUGGUGAACUGGAACAAGAAUACACCUCAGCUCUAGCACGAGCUCAAGAGGUGCGGAAAAAAUCAGAUACCAGUCCUGACUUACACAUCCACAAAGAACCGCUAGAAAAACGUGACUCUCACGGAAAAUCCAGCAGUACCUCUAGUGAAAAAUCAAGUUUUGAGGAAGCAGAAGCCGAAGCUGCUUUCAACAUGGUGGCACAUGUCUCACCCGCGCAUAAAAUCAAACAGAUUUGCCCAAUUCUCGAAGAUGAAGAUGCGGAAAAGCACGAGUUGGAAACUCGAGAAAGAGCACAGAAGGAGUAUGAGAAACGUCGGUCACAAAUCCGUGAUCAAAGUCCAGGAUCAAUUCCUGAUAUUAAAGUUACGCAACAUAUGACACCACUAGUCGAUCGCAAUUUCCAUUAUCCGGAUUUGGAACUCGAGGAGGAAGAACGAGCCAAAGAAAAAGAAAAGGAGAGUGAGACCCAGAAAUCAACACCACAAACACCUUCGAGUAAGAGUUCCGAGGAUACGGAUCAAGGGCGUGAAUACGUGCUUGAAGAUUCUGGAAUUUCAAUACCGGAAGAACCGAAAACUGAGUCUAAAAGUACUGUAAUUGAGCAAACAGUAAAGGAGGAAGCUGAUAAAGAUACGGACUCACCAAAUAGUGAUUCGUUUGAAAUGUUGGAGAAACCAGACGUUUUAGAUGACUUUGUGGUGAUUGAGGAAGUGGGGAAAGAAGCACAAGAGUUUGAUUCGGAAGGGAAGAGUGUUAGUAUUAAACAAAAAACAGUCAAACGAUCAAAGAAACACGAUGAAGAAGUUGAAGCAUAUUUGACGAGGUCAGCCCCUACUCCACUUACAAAAAUGACCGAUGUUAAGUUUUACCCUGAUGGGUCGUCCAGUGAAGAAUUAGGUUUUGAUUUUGAAGAUAGUCCACCCAUAAACAACGAAGCUUCUGCAAGUAGCUACGAAAAAGAGUUAGAAGCGAACAAAAAAUGGAUCGAGCAACAGUUUCAAGGAGACCAAGCGGCUCGAAUGGCCGCUGGUUAYGACUACGAGAUGGAGUUUGAACGAGGUCCUUUGGAAGAUAUCAAAGAAGAAGAUAUCAACGAUUUUGAUCCGACUUCCAGCAGGAUUGGAAGUGUAGGUUCGCAGAAAGARUCAGGAGGUAGUCUMGGAAGUGUCAAAGAUUCGUAUUCAAGUACACCGGAUUAUGAUGUUUUGGCUGGCCGAAAAUACUUUACCCGAAGUGGGGAACAUGAUGAUAUUUCAAUGUCAAGUCUGCAAGAGUUUGAGAAUUUAGAAAGGGCCAUGUCUUUAGAGACAAAAAGGUACCAUCAAGGUUCGCAAGACUCCUCCAGCAAUGGUAGUUUUAAAACCAGAUAUUAUGCGAGUAAAUCAGGACAAGGUGACGACGUUUCUGUCAGUUCACUCAAGGAGUUUGAGGGAUUAGAAAUGGCGUGUAUUGCCGCCCACAAGGUUGAAGUCAAGGCCAAAGAAGAGGAAGCAAUGUUGGCUCAAAUUGACGAAGGACAGGAAAGUCUUGCCUCUGAGUCGGAAAGUUGCGAGACGAUUUCAAGAACUGACAAAAAACUAAUUCCAGAUUCUGAUGAGGAGGACUACGAGAAACGAAUGUUUGAAAUUGAUGAGAUUAUAAAACAAGCACAGAGUAAUGUUGAGCGGUUUAUUGAUUUAAAAGAAGGUGAGAAAACGGAGUCUUUGGGUCGUGGUGAUUCAAUUGAAGAAGUGUCCAAAGUACCAGACUUGGAUCUUGACACACCUGUAGUCAGGUCUACUAUCAAGGUACAAUGGAAGGAGAGUGAAGACGUCAUGGUCACGUCCACUGAUUCGAUCGAUGGUAAAAUUGAAGAGAAAGGGAGCCACCAUGAUAGUACCGACAGUCUUGAUCAGAAGACUGGUGCUGAUAUUAUGACAGCAAGUACCGACUCUAUUGAAUUUCAAUCGAGAAAAACCGAACCGAUUAAUUUACUGAGUGACAGUAUCGAAAUCCGGGAUGAAGCCUGUGGGAUGAUUUCGAGUGAUUCCCUGGAACUUGCAGCCAAACAAACCGAAAAUAUGUUAGAAAGCACUGACAGUUUAGUCGAUCCGACUAGUUCAACUGCGACUCAUGCCACUUAUCAAUACGAAACCGAUUCUGUCUUUUCUGGAAGUUUCACAAGCGGGGGUUCAAAUACCAUGGUGUCGUCUACGGACACCAUAGACCCAGUUCAGGUCGAUAUAGCAGCAGCAGCUCGCAAAGUCUGGUUUGACGAAGAUACCGCAACUCGAAGAAUCACAACUGAGUAUAUCCAAGACUCGAGUAAACCCUACGUGACUGAGGUUAUAGAACCUCUUGAUGAAGAAGGGUUCUCUCAUACGAUUCACCGAAGGGUCGAGCUUCCGCCAGAGAUCAGAAAAGUCACAUUCCACGGCAGUGAUGCCGACGAAAAACUCAAACAGUUUAUUGAGGACUUCAACGAGGGAGAACACGUUGAAGAGGUGGAAGAAGUUGACGCUGCUGGAAAUGUGCACACAAAACGGGUUGUGCAGAGGAGGUUUAUCGUAGAGGGGCCAGAAAUGGAGGAGCUUGUUAAGAAAACCGUAGCUAGCAAAACUAACCAACUAACGUCUAUUCCUAAAGAAACGACAGGUGAGGAGUCCAGUUUUGCGGCAACGGGCGGACUCAAGGAAUCCUCAUUGAAAGCCCAAACAUCCAGACGACGCCAACUGCGUUAUGAAAUCAGUGUUGAUGAUCAAAUCGAGGUGGAUCCCCGGGAACAUGACUGGCGUUUUAAUUUACCUGAACAUGUUGAAGGAGAGGAAUCUGGGACAAGUGGCCAACAAACCGGUCAAACGUCGCAGCAGAGAUCGGUGGCCGAUCAGCAUCAACUUUCUGAAGAAAUGAAACAACUCCUCAAAGAGUUAGAAAAGGAAAGCAAGCAAUAAAUGGACGUUCCCUAAUUAUCGAUGUGAAAUUAAAUGUUAAAAAACCCAAAAAACAUAUCUCGGUGUUUGACGAAAUGAAAACAACAAAACGCAAUAUGAAGAAAAUCUUUGGCUUUCGCAAAUGUUAGAAUAUUAUUCCUAUGCUUGCUCUAGAAGUGAGUGAUUGACAAAAAGUUUAGUUAUGGCUCAAUUUGUUUCUUAUUUGUAAAUUGUCCAUAAAUUCUUGAUACAAAAGCAUCCUGCCUGGAAUUUUGAACACUUUUGCCGGAUUCGCGCCGGAUUUCGGUGUUAUUUUUGACGUGCAAUUAUUUUCUACCCUUUGCCAUUUUACACUAAUCGGAAAUAUUCCAGUUAUGACUGCAAGCUCGUAAUUGUGAUAUUUCGCAUGAAAAUUUAGUAACGAUGUACUUAUUUUAAUAACGAUAGUGAUUUCAUCAUCUCGUGUAACAAUACCUUGCAAUUUGAGAUGCUAUUUUAUAAUUUAUUGCUGUUGUUUUUUGUUUUAAUUGUACACUAUUUGUUAUGUAUUGCAAGUUAAUGUUACAGUAUUUAUUAUGAGGAAUAUUUGUAUAAAACGAACGAAUAAGAAAGGAGAAAGCAAAUUUAGAUUUGGAAUUUUACUUGAUAGGAUUUCAUUAAUUAGCUUAAACUGAAUUUGCGGUUGUAAGUUCACAUUUUUCCAACUUUUUCGGCUUUCGGGGUUUGUGGUUUAUCCCCGAACGAAAAGAUUGGAAAUUUGUAUGACCAUCACUUAUAAUUUAUCUCAAUGUGAAUUAAAUAUAUAACCUGUGUAUCAGAUUACAAAAUAAAGCUUUCAACAAAAA